UUGCUAUGCACAACAUUACUCUUGAAAGUGCAUUAAAAAACUUUGUUGCUCUUACUUUUCCGAAGAGUGCGAUUAUCACCACAGUUGAAGUAAGCUCUCUUUACCAGUUUUUUAUUAAAUGUCAAAAAAUACAUCAGAAGCCUCCAGUCCGGUGGAAACCAACUAUGAGUUUCGCAAUGAGAGUAUGUAUGCUCAAGAAACAAGAAAUAGCAAAUCAAGUAAACAUUACUCAAAGGUUUUAUCUGAUCCUCAAGAAAUCAUUAAUUUAGCAAUACAAGAAAAUAUUGCACUAAACAAUGACUAUAACAAUCUCCAAACUCAAAAUAAAAACCAUGCGCGCAGAAUACAAGAUCUUCGUGGAUUAUUUGACGAUGCUCGCAUUAGAAUCGAUCGAUUGCUAUCUACGCAGUCUACGAAACGUUUUAAAGAUGAUAAUGAACCAAUAAGCUUUUCACGUCGACCAGAUCAGCCGCUACCGGGAUCUGGAAGUAGAUCCCUAAAAAAGACCUAUAGUGACGAUACCAAAAGUGUAAAGAGUGACCACUUGAUCAAUAUGUCACCUAGAAAAACAUCGCAUACAUCUGCGGUAGUGCUUAAUCAGGUUAAAUCUCCUCCAGGUGGAUUCACAUUUGACGUCGUUAGUUUAACCGUAAAGUUAGACGAAGAAUAGGCUUUUAUUUAUCAUCUAAAUAUUUAUAAAUUUAUUUAAAUAUUUUUCGAAUUAUUUAAAUAUAUUUUUGAUCAUUUUA